GGUUCCUUAAAGGAGAUUCUUAAACAACUAGAAGAAGAGAAGAAGAGUCUCCAGAAUCAGCUAAAAGACUAUGAACUUAGACUGGAACAAGAAGCAAAGGCUUACCACAAAGCUAAUGAUGAGCGGCGCAUGUACCUCUCAGAGAUCUUACAGACCUCAGCUAUGCUUAAAAUUACUGAAAGGCAAAAACCAGAUGCUCUGACAGGCAAGAGAGAAAAUCAGAUACUGAGAGGCAGAUACAGUGUUCCAGGAAACCUGAAGAUGGUUAAUCCUCAAAAAGGACCGAUUAAAAAGACUGUAGGAGUGAAGCAGCUUCCGAAACUAAAGCACUGA